AUGCAGGACCUGAUGUUUGGUCGUCACUCCUGCUGCUUGUGGUUGUUCUGCGCAGCCAUUUUAUUAUCGGCAGGCCAAGCACAAGAUGCACAGGAAGUUUUCGAAAGUCUAGUGCAGGACGCCUUUGCCGGGGACGACCUGCUACUGAUUCUCGACGGCGGCGCAAAGGACAAGCUGGACGUUAAGGCAGCAGCAAAUAGCAGUGGUAGUGUAUUAUUAUUAGCCAGCGAUAACUCAAGCUACUUUUUACAAAGGACUCCACGUCAUCUUGUUCGAGGGAGUCACUUCACUGCCUUACUGGUCUUCACUGCAAGCGUAGUUCCCUUCAUGGAGACUCUUGAUACUAAGUGGAAUCCAAAUUUUAUGUUAUUAAUGAGUCUAAAUUCCAGCGUUAAUAGUACAGCGCUUCUCGUCGAUGAGAGAUUUCAGCGAAGUCAGCACUUGGCGCUGGUGGAGCCAGACAACAGAGCACAACGCACCAGGUUUAUGGUUUACUCAAGUCUGCCUAUGAAAGGGCGAUUCGCGGUGAAAUCUUCCUUAGGGGAAUGGGGCAGAGGCAGCUUCAGAAGAAAACAAGAUUACUUUCCAGAGCGCUUUAACACCCUUCACGGAGCGGUGCUACAGCUUGGAUCCUGGUGUGAUGACUUCCCCUUCCUGUACCCUGAGCACGGCCUUUGUAAAGGCUCCAGCCUGGACAUGCUGGACUUGAUCGCUGGGCACCUCAACUUCUCGUAUGAUGUGCAGAUGGAGCCAGACGACCACAAGUGGGGGUCUUUGGAGGAAGGUCAGUGGACAGGCAUGCUGGGUGACCUGGCAUACAACAACAAAGACCUUGUCAUAAACGUGUUCCAGAUGACUCUAGAAAUAUUUGCUGAUUUUGAAGUAUCGUAUCCCUACCACGUGGAGAGCUACGUGUUCCUGCUGGCGGUGCCGGAGCCCGCGCCGCAGUGGCAAGGGCUGCUGUAUCCCUUUACGGCGACUGUGUGGCUGGCUAUCCUCGGCACCAUCACUGUCGUCACCGUGCUUCUCAAUCUGUGCCUGAAGGCUGUGCCGGACACUCAGGACGACUCACAGGUGUUCCUGCUGGUGUUGGGAGGCAUCCUGCGGCAGGGGGUGAGUCAUCGCCUAGGGUGGUGGUGGGCACGUGAGUGGGCGGGGUGGUGGUGGCUGACUGGUGUUAUUGUCACCACUGCUUACACCACCAAUCUGGUUGCUUUCCUCACCGUGCCAGUCUUCCCACGCCGCAUCGAGACCGUAGAGCAACUCGCCUCGUCAGAUCUCAGAGUGGCAAUGCAGGACUACGGCAGCUUCGUCCCUGAUGCGCUGCGGGUCUCGCCUGAUCCUGCUCUACACAAGCUGGGGACAAAUUUAGAUCUGUUCCCUUACGUGUACCUGAACUACGAGGUGGGGUUUUCGUGGGUGUCCAACAGAACCCACGCCCUGGUAGAAACGCGCUCCUAUCUGGCCUACGUGGUCUCCCUACACAACGUGAGUGGCUCCACCUACGUCAUGAAAGAGACGGUGUACCCGGGCUACCUGUGCUGGAUCCUGAGGAAGAACUGUCCCUACGCAGACCGAGUGUGGCAGGCGCUGGAGGCGCUGGUGGAGGCUGGCCUGGUGCAGUACAAGUACCGCAAGCACAUGUUGAUAUCCUCAGCCGCCCAGAACACCCACGGCAGAGUGCUGGCUGGAGAGGCGCUGCAGCUUGACCAGAUGCUGGGGGCCUUCAUGCUCACAGCCAUGGGUCUGGGCCUCGCCACGGUGGUGUUUAUUGGAGAGAAGCUUUCAUCUCGGAUCACAGAUAAGUGAGGAACCAAACAAGCAGAAACACGCGGUGAAUGCCAUGCUGUACUCUGCCGUCAGCCUCACAGCACUCCCUGAUAUGGUUUCCCGCAGCAGUACAUUGUAAAGCUAACGAUUACACUGACCCCACGAGAACAAU